AAUUUCUAAAAAAUAGAAUCAAAGGGAGUAAAAAUUGUUUCUUUUUAAAGGCAUAUUCAGUCUUAUUGAAUAUAAUCACUGCCUGGUACAAGGCAAUACUAUACACUACGAAAUUUAUCCUUCCGUCACAUUGUGUUAUGCCCCGCAAAUUUUAAUACAGUAUGCCAGCUAAAAUAAGAAAUAAGGUUCUUACGUAUGAAGGUUGCAAUUAUUUGCGAUAUCGCUUGCUAUUGUCUACAUUGUCAGGUAGACCGGUGCAAAUAACAGAUAUUAGAAUCAAAGAUGAUAAUCCCGGACUUCGAGAAUAUGAAGUCAGCUUUAUACGCUUAUUGGAUAAAAUUACAAAUGGAUCAAGGAUAGAGCUAAAUGAAACAGGAACUAAUUUAUAUUAUAGUCCUGGUUUAUUAAAUGGAGGAGAUUUGGAACAUGAUUGUAGCUUACAAAGAGGUAUUGGAUAUUAUUUAGAAGGGAUCAUGAUAUUAGCUCCAUUUUGUAAAAAAGCAGUUGAAGUAAAACUUAGAGGAAUCACUAAUAACACAAUAGAUCCCUCUGUUGAUCGAAUUAAAGCAAUUGGUGUACCUAUAUUAAAAAGAUUUUUAUUGGGAGACAAUGAAGUUGUCCUUACUAUUAAAAAAAGAGGAGCAGCACCACUGGGAGGUGGAGAAAUUCAUUUCAAAUGCCCUGCUAGCCGUAAUCUUAGGACUAUUCAACUUCAUGAUAGUGGAAUGGUCAAAAGAAUAAGAGGUACUGCAUGUAGUAUACGUGUUUCUCCUGCUAUUGCUAACAGAAUUAUAGAAUCUGCCAAAGGUGUAUUAUUAAAGUUCCUGCCAGAUGUCUAUAUCUAUGCAGAUCAUUGUAGAGGUGCAGCUAGUGGCAAAUCUCCAGGUUUUGGAAUAAGUUUAUCAGCUGAAACAACAAAUGAAGUCUUUUUUGGUGGAGAAGCAUGUUCACCUCACAUGACCACAGGUUCUUUACCUUGUGUACCAGAAGAUCUUGGUAAAGAAGCAGCUAUGAAGCUGAUUGACGAAAUUUAUAGAAAUGGAUGCGUGGAUUCACCUUUCCAACCCAUGACUGCUAUGUUUAUGGCAUUAGGUAAAAAGGAUGUGUCUAAAGUUGUAACAGGACCUUUAACACCAUCAAUGAUACAGUUUUUACGCGAUUUACGGGAUUUCUUUGGAAUCGUCUUUAAAAUUGAGCCGCUUAAAGAAGAAGAUGAAGUAUUAGAUCAAGUUGUUUUAACUUGUGUAGGCGUGGGCUAUACAAACAUAAGCAGGCGGAUAUUAUAAAAUCAAAGUAUUUAUAUUUUUAUUAUAUAUAAUAGUUUUGUAAUUCCAACGAAUAAAUGAUAAAAUUUCUAACUA